AUGACGACGAGGCACAGGGUUUCAUCUUCUCAAGGCGAUAAUCAUUCUUCCGUCUCCGCCGUAUCUUCCGCCGUCGAUAAGCCUCCGAGCUCCGGUCCGGUACGACGAGCCAUUGUUUUCCUUAUCGUCAUCUCCAUCUCUUGCUUCGUCCUCUACAAAUCCGCUGAUUGUCUCAACAUCGUCUCUGGCUCUUCUCCUUCCUCCUCGAUUCUCUCUCGCAUUUUCCCCUCUUUCGAUUCCUUUCAGUCUCUGGAAAUUGAGGAACCUAAGCUUGAAGAUGUUCUUCGUAGAGCUGCAAUGAGUGAUGGUACAGUGAUUUUAACAACUUUGAAUAAAGCUUGGGCGGAUCCAGGAUCUGUUAUAGAUCUCUUCUUCGAGAGUUUUGGUAUUGGUGAAGGAACAAGCAAGCUUUUGAAUCAUUUGGUGAUUGUUGCUUUGGAUGAUAAAGCUUAUUCUCGUUGCCGUGAAUUGCAUAAGCAUUGCUUCAAUAUCGAAACACAAGGAGUUGAUUUCUCCGGCGAAGCUUCUUUCAUGACUCGUUCUUACUUGAAAAUGAUGUGGAGAAGAAUCGAUUUCUUGCGGUCUGUUCUUGAAUUGGGUUACAGUUUUGUUUUCACUGAUGCUGAUGUGAUGUGGUUUAGGAAUCCGUUUCCGCGGUUUUAUAGGUAUGGUGAUUUUCAGAUCGCUUGUGACCAUUACCUAGGUAGGUCGACCGAUCUAGAGAAUAGACCGAAUGGAGGAUUUAGCUUUGUGAGAUCAAAUAACCGGACUAUACUCUUCUACAAAUACUGGUACGCUUCACGGAUGAAGUACCCGGGAUUUCACGACCAGGACGUACUUAAUUUCAUAAAGAAGGAUCAUUUCAUUUUCCAUAUCGGGCUUAGGAUUAGGUUCUUGAACACGGCGUAUUUCGGUGGACUCUGUGAACCGAGCAAAGAUUUGAAUCUUGUUUGUACAAUGCACGCGAAUUGCUGCUUCGGUAUGGAUAGUAAGCUUCAUGAUCUUAGAAUCAUGCUUCAAGAUUGGAGAGAUUUCAUGUCUUUACCACUUCAUCUUAAAAAAUCCUCUGGUUUCACCUGGAAAGUCCCACAGAAUUGCAGUCUUGAUUCACUUCGGCGAUAUGAUUCUAUGGAUGAAGAAGAGAGUGAACCACCAAAAGGAACACAAGAGUGA